UUAUUUCAAACACGUUAAUCUACAUUUAGAAAAAUGGGUUUUAUGUUUAUUUUUCUAUUUCUAGUUCCUUUGUAUAUGGUUAACACCGAAGGAAAUAUUUGUGAAAACUUGUUAUUUUUUGAAGAUUGUUGUCAAGAAUGGGAUUAUACUUCUUUUUCUUGUAAAGUCUGUCAUCCCGGAUAUAUUGGAACGAAUUGUUCACAGAUAUGUCCGUACCCUAAUUACGGCUCAGAGUGUCAGGGAAGGUGCAAUUGUGAUGAGCGCCUCUGUGACAUUACUGCAGGAUGUUACAACGAUUCUGAGGGUUGCAGACAAGGUUAUUUUGGUGAUCGCUGUGUGCAUAGAUGUAGAUUUCCAAAUUAUGGGAAAUACUGUCAAGAGGUGUGUCAGUGUAAACAGUACGAGUGUGGUCAUGUGACUGGAUGUAAACAUAUUCAAGUCACAUACAAUAACUCUGUAACUCUGUCACAGAGUACGGAGGAGAAUUCAACAGAAGUUCCAAAGUCAGUCAUUAUAAUUUCAAGUGCUUUGACUUUUGUCGUCGUAUUGACAGUAGCCAUGAAAUUUGUAUUCUGUCAACGUUCAACGUCAUCGAGCAAAUCGCUGCAGGUGCCUGUACCAGAGUGUAGAUAUUGUUCGAGCUCGAGACACUAUUUUGUUGAUAGUCCCAGUCAACGUUACAGUACAAUGUAUGACACGCCCCGAUGUCAUCCCGAGCCCGACCAAUUUUCCUCGAAUCAACAACGGGAGAGUUCAUGCACCAAAAUAUAUCCUUUGUCAUCUGGCUACUAUGAGCCUGUUGACGCUUACACGCAACUGCAGAAAGUAAAUGGAGAUGAGUGUACUAAGUAA